AUGGAACCUCAUCAAUCAGGCAACCAAAAUUGCCACAGAAAAUCCAAGCAGCGUCAAGUCAAUCCCAUCACAGCCGCAGCCUUAACCUGGAUCGCAACAACACUUUCCCCUACAAACUCAGACAAUAAUGACCAGGACUCUCGAUUUGAGCAGCUGUUGAGCUCGGCGCCGAAGCGCUUCACCAUCUACGAACCCCUCGCCUUACUCCCGACGGGCAGUUUCGCCAGCGAGCCAUGGGCCUCUGUCCUCCAGACCUGCGACGAGGCAGCCCGCAACUCACUAUGGAGCUCAAUCUUGGAGCAGAUUUCCAAAGCCGGACAGGGCAAAGUCACGCAUCUCGCUGUGAACGAGGGCAUCCCGCUGCACAAGGACGGCGAAGAGGCCGAGAACGUGCGCAGGAGCCCCAGCGGACUGAAGCUGCUGUUUGGAGAUUUCGGGCCCGCGGGAGUUGUUGGCGAGGAGGGUGAUGAGGAGAAGGAGCCUACGGAGAGGGACUUUGAGGAGGCGUUUUGGGUUGGGACGAAGCAGAAUGGGAUUGUGCAGACGUGGGCGCCCCGAUGGACCAUGUUCUCGCGGGGGAACGUCAAGGAAAAGGCCCGCGUCUUGGGAGGGGGGGACAGAUGGGCUGUGGACAUGUAUGCCGGGAUUGGAUACUUUGUGUUUUCGUAUGCGAAGCUGGGAAUGAGGGUUCUGUGCUGGGAGAUUAAUCCCUGGAGCGUGGAGGGCCUUCGACGGGGUGCGCUGGCGAACAAGUGGACUGUCAGAGUCGUCCAGGGGGAGGAUCUGAAGUUGUCGAUGGAGGCGCUGUUGGCUUCGGGAGAGCAGAUUGUCAUCUUUCUGGAGAGCAACGAGAGGGCUGGGGAACGCAUCCAGGAGGCGCAGGCAAGGGGACUUGUUCGCGAUAUCGAGCACGUCAAUGGCGGGUUUCUGCCCACUAGCGAGCCGGUGUGGAGGAGUGCGUGGGAGAUGACGGGGUUGACGGAGGAGGCUGCUUGGUUGCAUUUGCAUGAGAAUGUUGGGGUGGAGGAUAUUACAUCUCGGAGGAUGUCGAUUCAGGGCAUGUUUGAGGCGUGGGCUGCUGAGGAUGGAUCUUCAGGGAGGAGGAGGAGGGUGCCGAGGGUUGAGCAUGUUGAGCAGGUAAAGACGUUUGCGCCAGGGGUCUGGCAUUGCGUCUUUGAUGUGUGUAUUACAAGCAGUAUGAGUAUUAGUAGUAGUAGUAGUAUAUCUAACAAUAGUACAUGA